UGAGAUUCAGUUCUUUGAAGAGAACGGGACAUGAUGGACUGGAUUUGUAUGAUAGGCCACAAACAAAGGGCAUUUAAAAGGGCGUCGUGCCUGUUUGGAUGUUUACUAGGACUUUAAACCAAGUUAAGCUCAGCUGAAGUUGAAGGUCGGUUCAGGGCUCUCCAGCAGAGGGCACAGGGAAAUUUGAUGCAGCUCCUGCACGUCCACCCUGUAGGCGCACUGUAUCUGCUGUGCGAGUAACACCGUUGAGGAUCAUGAAGAGUUCUCCUGACCUCAUGCCUACUGAGCUGGACCCGACCCGUGUUUGCAAGGGCAAGGGUGCAGUUACUUUGAGGGCCACGUUAGUGCACAUCGAUGAUGAGGACGGCACAAGCCAAGAGCCAUCCGUCAGCCCUGCCAAAGGUGGAUGGAUUGGUACGGUCAAUGGAGAUGCCACAGAAACAAGUCUGGCUGAGAGAAGUGUAAACAACACCAGAGCUGAUUUAAAUUCAACUCAAGUCAAUGAGACACCGACUAAGCAGGAUUCUGCUGUAAGUGAGAGUCAGUUUCAGCUCACGUCCUGCCUUGAUCAGCCGAGUGCUUUUAACUCAUCAGCCAAAGUGUCCUCUUCAUUCCCUCCGACCAGCAGCGUCAACCCUACAAUCGUCCUGCUGCAGCACAACAGAGAAGCUGUGGCAGAGCAGGGCAGUGGCCUGUAUCAAGGUCCUGCCAUCAUCCAGAACAGACCUUCAUCUGAGACUCCAGCAGACAUGGAGGGAAAAACAAUGAGCCUGUCUGAACGUCCAGCCGUCCAGCCACCCAGAGUCCCAGUACGGAACACUGAGCUCUCGAAGGACUGGUACAGAAACAUGUUCAAACAGAUUCACAAAGUCCCAGAGCCUGUUGAAGAAAAUCCAUAUCGUCCCACCUACAUAUUCCCAGAGACCAAUGACAGGCCCCUGAGAAGCAGAGAUGAUAGACCUUCAUAUGGUGGUGAGGAUGUUCGGACAGUUCCUCGCUCCAGGAGUGCUGUGGACAUGGGGAGCUCCAGAGGACAGCAGCCUGUGCCAACACGAACAUCUUCACUCAAACCUCAGAGGAGUGAGUGGGAGCCCCCUGACAAGAAAGUGGACACCAGGAAGUACCGCGCUGAACCCAGGAGCAUAUUUGACUACGAGCCAGGAAAGUCUUCAGUGCUGAGGCUGGACAGACCGGACAUUAGUCCAGAAGAUGUAGAUUUAGAGAAUGAGCCUUGGUAUAGAUUCUUUUCUGAGAUGGAUUUUGGCAAAGCGCUGCAUCACACUAAGAGUGCCCCCUCUUUCAGCCCCCUGGAAACAUCCUCCGACCUACAGCAAUACUCAUCCUGUAAAGUGAGUGACGGUGAAGCAGAGAAGAAGGACGGCUCGUCCGGCAGCGGGUCGGCAGCUCCAGAAUGUGAACGACACAUUUACAAGAGCGUCCUGGAGGGCGGCGACAUCCCACUGCAGGGCCUGAGAGCGCUAAACAAACGCCACCCCAGCACUUCUUCCAAAGGUACGCUUCCAGUCCGUUCUUUGAGAAUCAGUUUCGAGUUUGAAGAAAAUCUGGCCUCCUCUUCAUCAGCACUUCCCACAUUCCUCCCUUCACAGCACCACACAAAUAACACAGCUCAUUUGUCUUUCUGUGUUUUGUUAAAGCUGGCAAUUUUUCACAGUUGACACGUAACAGAUGUCCGGUUUGACCUUUAGUCAUUCUCUCUGUACCGGUUCAGCUCAGUUGGGCGUCUGGCCGUUUUAGAAGUGGGCUGUGGUGUGGACAGUAGGGAAAGGUUUGGAUGGAUGUAAAGAUUAAUAUUGGGAUCUGAUGGCAGAGCAGCCAUCAGGGGUGGUCAGGUAUGAGCGGGUCAGCUGUCACACUGAGGUCAGGAACAGGAAUGCUAGCACAUUUGACCUGAGGCGGGUCAGCAGGGGGGAGAUGACGACUAUAUCUGUUAAUAGUUAACGUGACCCAUAUGUUUAGACCGGGACUUUUGUUGACCACUCUGUUCUUUUUUUAAAUUGUUGUUUCUGUCUGCUUUGAAUUUCCAAGACAACAUGUUUCACAUGCAGAACAUAUGAUGCACACUUGUGUCUUGUUGUAGAGGCGUCUGUGACAUUUUACGAAGUUAUUUUUGUGAAUCGAUAUAGAUUGUGAAGUUGGAUCGCAAAGUAGUGUUAUUUUGAUACUUGAAGAGUUUUUUUGAUUCAUUGUAAUAAUUAAUACUGUUUUUAUGUUUUCUUCGAGUGCUCCGGUUUCCCCCACAGUGCAAAGCCAUGCGG